ACUACUCUUGCUCAUGCUAUUAGCAGUUACCACCAGCAGCUCAGAUGAGAACUGUUGUGUUCCUGUUGUUAUCUCUGUGGGACACUUUUUUCUGCACACUGGAUUUGAUGAGCCACCAUGAAAAGGAGACUCUUUGGCCACGGAGGGCUUUGCAUUUUGGGAUGGUAAUGAUCCUGUACCGUGCCACUGUUUGGAAGAUUAACAAGGAGGGGCUGCUAGGUUGUUUCUCAACACUUGGAGUGUCAGAGGAGACCAUUUCUUACUUCCAGCGACAAUGGACCUGACUUUGUGGCAGUACCAGUUCAGGAUCAUCAUGCUGGGGGAUUCCACCGUGGGCAAAUCAUCUCUGCUGAAGCGCUACACCGAGGACUUGUUCCUGGACUCCAUCAACCAGACUGUGGGUGUUGACUUUUACGUUCACUUCCUGGAGGUGGAGCCAGGCGUCCGGGUCAAGCUGCAGUUCUGGGACACAGCUGGUCAGGAGAGGUUCAGAUCAGUGACCCGUUCCUACUACCGCAACUCGGUCGGAGGCCUGCUGGUGUUCGACAUCACCAGCCGGCCGUCCUUCGACCAUAUAAAGGAAUGGCACGACGAGGUGCGCGAGCGAGUGCAGCCGCAGAAGGUCCUGUUCGUCUUGGUGGGUCAGAAGAUCGACCGGGACGCUCACGGGGAGCGGGCGGUGAGCCGGGAAGAGGCCCAGAAACUGGCCGGACAGCUGGGGAUGCCCUACGUCGAGGCUUCCGCCAAGACGGGACAGAACGUGAGGGAGUCGUUCGAGCUGCUCACUCGACGGGUCUACCAGGGUCUGCUGAGCGGGGAAGUGAAACUGCAGGAGGGCUGGGACGGUGUCAAGUGUGUUUCCCCGCAGGCGCUGCAGCUGCAAAGAAACAGUGUGUCUAAGCCCAGCUCACCAACCAAUAACAGCAACAAGAAGUGCUGUGGGUAAACACCGGACUGACGUAUAAACCUAGGCUGCGGCUGGCAAGUUUGGAUUUACGGUGGCAAUAAGAUGGGUGACCAAUCUAGAAGACAUUCAAACUGUAUUUUUGCAUCUACACUGUACGGGAAGUCUUAAAAUAUCCAGAAUUGUGACUUAGUAUUGAAUCAAAACAGUGAUGGUUUUAGGAUGUAUUACAUUUGUUGAGUACAUCACCUGCAGGCUGACAUGUAUUAUGCCUUGCAAACUUAUUUGCAUUUUGUCAUAUCACUAUCCCAAACUGCAAUCUAUUUAAUUGGGCAUUAAUUCAGUGCAUAAUUUUAAUUGAGAGAAAAUGGAGAAGAAAAUCUGAAAAGUGUGACAUGCAUUAGUAUUCUGUUGUGAGUUUGCAGAACCACAUUUCGUCAAGCUCAGUCAGAUGGAUAGUGCUGGUAAACAGCAGUUUUUUCUUCAAACUCUCAGGUCUGGGCCAUUCUAACCCAUGAAUCUGCUUGGACAUAUAUAUGAAUAACCUUUGCUCUAAACCAGGCACAUCCAAACUGCUUCUUCUAACACCCCUCCCUCCCUCACUCCCUCCC